AUAUUGUGUUGUAGUCUGUACCAGUGUCUGAACAGGACGAUCAGAGGGGAGCAGUGCGGCAGCGGCAGCGGUGGCGGCGGCAGCGGCAUCAGAGGCGGGCGGGAGGCUGGUAGGAUAUGUUGCGUCUGAGCUGUCCAUUAAGGCUGAUCAGAGCCGGAGCACCGAUGCAGUGACAGUCUACAGGAAGACACGGGCACACACACUUACACACAGUGAGGGAGAGGGAAGGAGAGUAACACACGAAUGCGCACGAGAAAUGAUCCGUUCCUAGACUAUGGCACCGUCGGGCUCGCGUAGUAUCAAGAAGGGCUGUCAGAGAGUUUUGUACUGGAUCCCGGUGCUCUUCAUCGCCCUCAUAGUGGCGUGGUCAUACUACGCCUAUGUGUUGCAGCUUUGCAUAGAGUCUAUCGAAGACACAGGAGAAAAGGUUAUAUACUUGCUUGUGUACCAUGUCAUCUUCAUCAUGUUUGUGUGGGCUUACUGGCAAACCAUCUUCACCAGGCCCAUGAACCCCCUGAAGGAGUUUCAUCUGUCAUACUCUGACAAAGAGCUGCUGGAGCGUGAAGAUCGGGGGGAGUCUCAGCAGGAGAUCCUGAGGAGGAUAGCCAAGGAUCUGCCCAUCUACACCCGCACCAACUCUGGAGCAAUCCGUUUCUGUGACCGCUGCCAGCUGCUGAAGCCUGAUCGAUGUCACCAUUGUUCAGUCUGUGAUAAAUGCAUUCUGAAGAUGGAUCACCACUGCCCAUGGGUGAACAACUGUGUGGGAUUCUCCAACUACAAGUUUUUCAUGCUGUUCUUGGCAUAUUCACUACUCUACUGCCUUUUUAUAACUGCUACAGAUCUUCAGUACUUCAUUAAGUUUUGGACGGCUGGAGGUAGAGCACAUUUCCGUCUGAAAGAAUAUCUGAACAGCCUCCCAGACACUCAGGCCAAGUUCCACAUCCUCUUCCUCUUCUUCUCGGCCUCCAUGUUCUCAGUCAGCCUGGCUUCGCUUUUCAUCUAUCACUGCUGGCUCGUCUGCAAGAACAGAUCCACCCUGGAGGCUGUGCGUUCUCCAGUGUUUCGCCACGGCAUCGAUAAGAACGGUUUCAGUCUGGGCUGCAGUAAGAACUUCCGCCAGGUCUUUGGGGAUGAACUUAAAUACUGGCCGAUUCCUGUUUUUUCCAGUUUAGGCGACGGUUGCUCGUUCCCAACCUGUCUGGUGAAUCUGGACCCAGAGCAGCCCUCAUCCCCCAUGGGCUCCAACCCUGCCAGCAAGGGUGCAGCAGAGGGCCGCCAGUUCCCCACCAAGCCGCUGAGGGAGUCUCAGAGUCGACUGCUCACCAGCACCCCCUCCUGGACAGAGAGUGACAGUGCAACAGACAAAGACAGGAAGGGUGCCAGUAACCCAGGGAUGACCAUAGAAAAUGAGGCAUAACCUGAGUUAGAGAUAGAGGUGACACCUUCAACCCAGAAAAGUCUAUGCCACCCCCUCCUCGGUGUUGUGCCUAUCAGAACGUGACGUGGCGGUGACAUCAUCAACAUUUGUUGUUUUCUAUACUUCACCCUGCUGCUGAGAGGCUUACAUGACUGACUAUCACCUACAAAGCAGAGACAAAUUAAUUAUCAUCAGAAUUACUCUUAUUGCUAUUGGCAACUAUUUCUGCUGCUAUCUGAAAGUAUUUGGGCUUCAGAACAACUUAAAAUACCAUUCCAACCUUCACAUUUUCUUUUGUUUGUAUAUGAAUAAGAAGAGAGCAGUAAUGGAAGAGAUGUUUUUGCACUUUGUAAACGAGGAAAUCAAUCUGAACUGCUUUUGUAUGUUACAGUUCAUGUAACAGAAACUCUCUUGUUUUAUGGUAUUUAUGUAGCUUAGCACAUAAGUAGAUGCUGUUAUAAGUUUGCCAAAUGUUUGCAUUUGAAGUAUAAAGUAUUAGGUGUUAAUGUGAUGUGAUAUUCCUUUAGCUAUUUUGUUUCUUCAGUGAAGGUUUUUUUGGAGGGGGGGUGAAAGUUGAUUUGAUGCAUGCUCUCAUCUCAGGAUGUCAACACAAACACACCUUGCUGUAGUGAACUGACCUUUGCUUGACAAAAAAAGUGUAGUCAUUAGUAAUUACAUUUGAAUAAGGGCUCUUCUGACUCGUUAUAGCAUGAGUGAGGAUGUUGCCGUCAUACUAAAAAACCUGAAAGCUGGUGCUGCUCUGUGCUGCGUGUCCCCCUGCCAAAUAUCAACAGAAACUGGUAGCCUACAGUCAAACUGCCGGCCAAAAGCUUCCGGACUGUCUCUGUGUAACGCUGCAGAUCUGUUCGCCAUCAAAAAGCAGAUACUGUUGAGUGUUUUUCUAACUCACAACAUGUUGUGGAUCUACUGCAGAGCAAAAAAAAAACAGAGGUUCCAGCUCCAGCUGCUUUGUACAGUAUAUUUUCACCUUCUGAGGAUUCUGGCUGGAAAUCAAACAAUCAUUGAAAAUUAGUUGGUAGAAUGUAUGCUCGUUUAAAAAAAA